CUCUCUCUCUCUCUCUCUCUUUCUUUUUGCUUUAAAGUAUGCUGAAAGGGCACUUUAAACCAAGUCUGAAUGGCUCGGCAGGACUGGGGCGCGGGUGCUGGCAGGAGCCGGAGAGGCGACAUCUGGCCAUGGGAGCAUUUGUUUCAAAGUUCAAGGCCGUUCGCUCAGGGUCAAGGUUAGUCCGGCGGGCCGUUCGGAGACCAGCCCCAGCGUGCCAGGACCGUUUCCGGGGCCUGGCCGGGGCGUUGCCGCGGGGUCGGGGACCAGCACGAGUGCUGAGUCACGCCCCGCCCGGGAGCGCCUCGGGUCGGUAACUCGGGAAGACGACCAAGCGGGAGCGGGAGCCGGAGCGAGAGCGCGCGGGCGCGGCCGACAGUGCCUGAUUCAAGAUGGGGUCCCAGGUCUCGGUGGAAUCGGGAGCUCUGCACGUGGUGAUUGUGGGUGGGGGCUUUGGCGGGAUCGCAGCAGCCAGCCAGCUGCAGGCCCUGAACGUCCCCUUCAUGCUGGUGGACAUGAAGGACUCCUUCCACCACAAUGUGGCUGCCCUCCGAGCCUCCGUGGAGACAGGGUUCGCCAAAAAGACAUUCAUUUCUUACUCGGUGACUUUCAAGGACAACUUCAGGCAGGGGCUAGUGGUGGGGAUAGACCUGAAGAACCAGACGGUGCUGCUGCAGGGCGGCGAGGCCCUGCCCUUCUCUCAUCUUAUCCUGGCCACGGGCAGCACUGGGCCCUUCCCGGGCAAGUUUAAUGAGGUUUCCAGCCAGCAGGCCGCUAUCCAGGCCUAUGAGGACAUGGUGAGGCAGGUCCAGCGCUCACGGUUCAUCGUGGUGGUGGGAGGAGGCUCGGCUGGAGUGGAGAUGGCAGCAGAGAUUAAAACAGAAUAUCCUGAGAAAGAGGUCACUCUCAUUCACUCCCAAGUGGCCCUGGCUGACAAGGAGCUCCUGCCCUCCGUCCGGCAGGAGGUGAAGGAGAUCCUCCUCCGGAAGGGCGUGCAGCUGCUGCUGAGUGAGCGGGUCAGCAAUCUGGAGGAGCUGCCUCUCAAUGAGUAUCGAGAGUACAUCAAAGUGCAGACGGACAAAGGCACAGAGGUGGCCACCAACCUGGUGAUUCUCUGCACUGGCAUCAAGAUCAACAGCUCCGCCUACCGCAAAACGUUUGAGAGCAGACUGGCCAGCAGUGGUGCUCUGAGAGUGAACGAGCACCUCCAGGUGGAGGGCCACAGCAACGUCUACGCCAUUGGUGACUGUGCUGACGUGAGGACGCCCAAGAUGGCCUAUCUUGCCGGCCUCCACGCCAACAUCGCCGUGGCCAACAUCGUCAACUCUGUGAAGCAGCGGCCUCUCCAGGCCUACAAGCCAGGUGCACUGACGUUCCUCCUGUCCAUGGGGAGAAAUGACGGCGUGGGCCAAAUCAGUGGCUUCUAUGUGGGCCGGCUCAUGGUUCGGCUGACCAAGAGCCGGGACCUGUUCGUCUCUACGAGCUGGAAAACCAUGAGGCAGUCUCCACCCUGAUGGAGAGGCCAGGCGGGAGAACUACCGCAGCAGGCCAAGUGGAACCCCUGGGAGAUGACAGGACACCACCUCUGACCCCACAGGAACCCUGUCGGUGUGCACCAGCACAUCCAGCUCUCAUGUUUCUGAGAUGACAUGGGUGUUUUGUCCAGACUGGGAUGAUGGCAGCUUUGGGGCAGCAGAGGAGGCAUUUUUCAGAUGUUUUCACCUUCGAAUGAACUUGGUGGUCUGGAUGUCUGCGGCAAGUCUCAGCUCUCUCUUUAUGAAUCAUCAUUAUUAUUAUGGUUCAGUUCAUGGUCUUCCCCAGGGCCUGGGUGCUGAUGCUUCCCCACUCCACACUCGAGCCUCAAGUAUAUGUGGACAGCCACCGUACACUGUGCAGCUGGUUUAGGACAAGUGUCUAUUCCAGUGGUCACUGUCCACUGGGGGAGGGCGUGCAGAGGGGUUUUCUUUGUUAAUGUUCUUGGGUUUCCAUGAUGCAACUGAGAAAUGGUGAUUGUGCAUUAUACCCAGUACCUCUGAGACUCCUUUCUGGCCCCCAGAUUCCUGGACACUGUUGAUCUAUUGGGUCCAGAAGCCUGGAGAAGGCCGGGUAACUGAAGCUGGUAGCCAGUUCAUGUUGAGAAGCAGAGGACUAGGUCUACGCUGGCGCCCUCUGCAUUCAGGUCAAGGGCCAAAUGGGAAUGUGCAGAAGGCAAGGGGAAUCCACCCUCCUCACUGAAGGCUUUUAAGAAAAAAGCAUCCUGGAGAGAGGUAGUUUCUCUCUACAGAAGCAUUCCCAAGAAGGAAAGGAGCAAUGCUAGAAUGAGAAUACCACAGCUUUGCAACUCCUAACGAAUGGCGGAAUCUAGAGAAGAGGCAUCAAUGGCCACCAGCAUCACACCAAUACAGACAACCAGGCACAACGCGCCUCCUUGGGCACGAGCGCUCGCCACUGACCAAGGAGUCUUGGCAAAGUUUUCGAACCUACACCUCAUGAAACCUCUAGAUCCAACCACCAAGUUAUAAAAAAGCAAAGAAACAUGUUUUAUGAUGCCAGGAGGAUGUAAUCAACAAAAUCCGGACUGCAUGAAACCCUAUAGGACAAAUGGCCCAGCUUCCUCAACAAAUGAAUUGCAAAGAAAUAAGAAAGAGAUGAAGGAGGAACCUAUGGUAUAAGAGACUCAUCAACCAACUGCAGUGCGUGGACUGAUUUGGAUCCGAAAUCAAAUAAACACAUUUUCUUUCUUUCCUUUCUUCUUUUCUCUCUCCCUCUCCCCCUCCUUCCCUCCCUCCUUCCUUCUCUACCUUCCCUUUCUUCCUUUCUCUCUCUGUCUCUCUCCCUCUCUCUCUUUCUCUCUUUUUCUUUCCCUCCCUCCCUCUCUCUCUCUCUCUCUUUUUCUUUCUUUCCUUUCUUAAUUUCUUGACAUGGUCUCACUCUGUGCACUCUGUGGCCCAGGCUGGAGUGUAGUGGCAUGAUCACAGCUCACUGUAGCCUAGAACUCCUGGGCUUAAGUGAUCCUCCCACCCCAGCCUCCCACCUUAGCUGGGAGCACAGGCAUAUGCCACCAAGCCUGACUAAUUUUUGUAUUUUUUGUAGAGAUGGGGUUUUGCCAUGUGCCCAGGUUGGUCUGGAACUUCUGAGCUCAAGUGGUCCGCCCACCUCAGCCUCCCAAAGUGCUGGGAUUACAGGUGUGAGCCACCGUACUCGGGCCCCCCUUUUUUAUAAGAGAUGAGGGUCCCACUAUAUUGUCCAGGCUGGUCUCAAACUCCUGGGCUCAAGCGAUCUUCCUGCCUCAGCUUCCCAAGUAGCUGGGACUACAGGAGUGUGCCACUGUGCCUGGUUUAAACAAAUGUUUAAGAAACUUGACAUUUAUGAUGUAACUGGAAUUGGAACACUGGUAAUUUGUUGAUAUUGCUAUCUUUUUAAAGGUACAAUAAUGGUAUUGUGGCUGUGUUGUUAGUAAACAGCCCUUAUAUGUUAGAAGUCAUUGUGAAAUAUUCAUAGAUAAAAUGAUGUCUGGAAGUAUGUGGAGGGGUAAGAGCUGAAACAAAGGUGGCCAUGGGUGGUGAUUAUUGCAUCUGAUUACAUAGGGUUUCAUUAUACUUUUCUGUUAUUUUUUGUGUAUGCUUGACUUUUCCCAUAAUAACAUAAUGUUUUGAAAAGAGUAAGGCAGGGCCUUGGCUGCUGGGAUGAUUAGUUUGGGUGAUGGUUGUGGAAAAUGGAAUCGUAACGGGAGGGACUCCUCCUAACAGAGCAGCAAUAAAACAACUGUCAAUUACUAACUGCCUAGGAGCCCAGCACUGUGCUAAGCCCCAUCACAGCACCCCUAUGGGACAGGUACUAUUGCUAUCCUCCCUUACAGAGGAGGAAACGGAGGUUCAGGGAGGUUUAGAAACCUGCCAAAGGUCACACAGCUAGGAAGCAAUUCAGAAAAGCUGGGACAGUCCAGGCAGGCCGACCUGGAACCUGCCCUCUUAACCACCUGACUGCCUUUAGCCCAUUUCUCCUCCCAAGACCCUGAAGCGGUUGGCCUUAGAAUCCACUGCUGGGAUCUGAGCGUGAAUUUUUGCUCCCAGACCAGUGCUCUUUCUACUCUGCCACCAUGCCAAUUAAAAAAAAAAGCAUAUUAUUUUUCUUACAUAAAAAUUUCAUUACUAUAGAAAUGUGUAAAGUAUGAACACUGCAAUGUGUCAGUGAGAGGCAGGAUGCCUAUUAAAAGAGCUCCAGAUGAAGGCUACUAGAGGGCGUCCUUCUAUGGAGAGUGGAAGGAGACCUGUUUCUCUGUAAUGCUGACUUUUCCCAGGGCUGUCCUAUCUCCUUUUCAGCACAGCAAGUGGCCUCUGAUGCCAGGAGGAAGCCCUGAGUGAGUACAGCUGCCUGGGGCCCCUGGUGCUACCACCCAGGGCUGAACUACUAGCAUCUACCUCAAAUUGCCUCCCUCACAGGCAAGCCCUGUACCCUAGAGACAAAGCCCCUUCUUUGCUCACUUUACCCUUUCCGUGGAGAGUUUAAGGCAGUUCUGCUUGGUAAAAAUGGAUGGGAUGGGGACUGUUAGCAUGCUGUUAUUUCCAGCGCCCAUAACAGCUUACCCUCCCAAGCUCCUCCACCCUGGCUAUUAACAGCUCCCUCUGCCACUCGUGGGACAGGUGGCAAACCACAGGCAAAAAUAACUCAAUGCUCAUAGCUUAAUGGACAACCUAAUUUUUUUCUAGAUGUCCAUUUCCCUCUUAUCAAUAGCACUCUAAUAUUUAAGCUUAUGAUAUAUGUAAACAUGUACAACAAUAUUUAUAGUAGCACUAUUCACUAUAGCUCAAACUGGAAACUACCCCAAAUGUCAUCAGUGGUAGAAUAGAUCAAUAAACUGUCAUAUUUUUAUAGAGUGUAAUACUACAGAGCAAGGAAAAUGAAUGAAUAUAAGCAUACUCAAUGACAUGGAUAGAUUUCACAAUACUAAGUUGAGCAAAAGGAGUCGGACCCAGAAGAGGACAAGAUUUCAUUUUUACAAAAUUCAAGACAGAUGAAACCCAUCUCUGCUUUGAUAAGAAAGGACAGUGGUUACCCUUGGAGGAAAUACUGACUGGGAGUGGUGCUGAGGGAGACUUCUGGGGUGCUGGUAAGGGUCUGCUUCAGGAUCUUGGUGCUGGUUGCAAAGUGGGGUUCACUUUGAGAAAAAUUCAUCAAGCUCUAUGCUAAUGAUUUGCUUUUACACAAUACCCCAAUAAAAUCUUCAAAAAUAUAUGCAGAAUUAAAACAAA